GGCACUUGCUGAUAUAUCAGAGGGAAUUAACCAGCAACAUGCUCCCGCGAGAGCAAAUUGUGAUGGCGAGCACAACUCGACACAGGGCCCAGCUAGCUCUGGCUGGCACCGACAGUGACAACCAAGGAGAAAUAUCCAGUCUCCAGGAGUCCUUUGUCUAAGCUUCACAGAUCAUCACAAUCGUAAUCCUCCAUAGGCAAUUCUGCAUGACCAACCUCGGGGGCAAUCUAAAUUCUUCCGCGAGCCUCUUCUAAAUGCUACCACGAAUAACGGCUAAAGUCCCAAUCUUAGGAGAUGUUCGCUCAUGAUAAUGGCAUUGAAAUCAGUUCAUAUAGCAAUAGUAGCAGUAGUAAUGGCUGACGUUGUACUGAUAUCGCGGUGUUUUCUUCCUGUUGAUCAUAAUCCAUAACUAAUUAGUUAACUCGGUAGUUUGCUUCAUGUGACUUGACUCAGGCGCGCCAACCGCGUCACGCUUUUAACUAGUUAGUUAACUUUGACUACACUUCUCAAAGCGCAACAGCCAGCUGAUGACAACCGGCUUCGACAUCCAGCCGGGCAGAGAUAAGAUGGGCUUAACACCAUUUGACGGACUUGAAAGCGUGGCUUGACCCGUCGGACUCGACUUUUCGUUUAUAUCCCGCCGCUUGACCAGCCAGCCUGUUAGUUACCUCCUAACUUGCUGCAACGCCGAGAACAUAGACGCUCCGCCAUCAUGUCCCGAGACAGGCUCAACCGGUUCUUUGGUCCGAGAGACAGCCAGCAGCAGGCGUACAGACAAAUAAAUGGAGACGAUAGAGGUACCACUGAGGGAGAAGCCGAUGUGCCUGCGUAUGAUGCUCCGCCUGUCAAGGAGUUUUCGUGGGUAGUUUACUCUAUCUUUACCUGGAUGGGGAUGGCCAUGCUAUGGGGAUGGAACUCAUUCCUUGCCGCAGCACCUUACUUUCAAAUCCAGUUUGCCAGCAAUGAAUGGCUCCAGGACAACUCACAGUCCUCAAUAACUUCAGUGUUCUGCGUUACGGGCCUAUCUACACAUCUGUUCCUACUGAGACUCCAGAAAAAUGCAUCUUACUCACAGAGAGUCCUUGUCUCACUUGCCCUCACUGGAUUCGUGUUUGCACUGCUCACGCUCUCCACUAUUCCUAAACAAGGACCAUCUCCCAACGUCCUUUUCGCGUUUGUUCUUUUCAUGGUAUUUAUAUGUGCGCUGUCCGGAUCGAUGAACCAGAAUGGAUUGUUCGCAUACGUAACCGGCUUUUCGCAGCCAGCGUAUACGCAGGCAAUUCUAGUGGGACAGGCACUCUCCGGUGUCCUGCCCUCUAUAGUACAACUUAUCUCGGUCCUUGCUGUGCCAGACUCUACUGUACACGAAGCGGACGAGCUGGCAAACGCAGCAAAAUCGGCUUUUGGGUUUUUCCUGACUGCAACAGUGGUCUGCGGAGGUGCUUUCCUCGCUUUCCUUUACCUUCAUCAUUCCCAGGCAAGGCGUGCUCGCUAUACCCCAGAUGAAGACACUGAUACAUCAGAGUGGGACGUGCUGUCAACCAAGAAGUCAGUUUCAUUGUUGACACUGUUCCGAAAGACCAGGUGGCUGUCUCUUGCGAUAUUUCUCUGCUUCUGUAUUACCAUGGCCUUCCCCGUGUUCGCAUCUCAGAUCCAGAGUGUUAGUAAAGAAAAACCCCCGCCUCGUUAUUCACAACCUGGCGUAUUCAUUGCCCUUGCCCUUUUGUUUUGGAACUCAGGCGACUUGCUCGGGCGAAUGACUCUCUUGAUCCCGUCUGUAAAGGACAGGAAACCUCCGCAAUUCGUCCUUUUUGUCCUCGCGCUGGCUCGCAUCUUAUUCAUCCCAUUGUUCUUGAUGUGUAAUGUCCGAGGGAGAGGGGCGGCAAUCAAUAGCGACCUCUUCUAUCUUGUUUUUAUUCAGGGUCUGUUUGGGCUAACAAAUGGCUACGUCUGUGUUUAUGUCAUGGUUAGCGCCCCGGAUCUGGUAGACGAGGAAGAGAGGGAGGCAGCUGGCGCAUACAUGGGCAUGUUGAUAGUAGCAGGCUUAGCAGCCGGUAGUGUUCUAAGCUUUUUUAUCGGAGCCCUAUGA